AUGGAAGUGCGAGGAUCCAAGAAGAGACCUAGUGCUGCUACCAGUUCAAAGAAAAACAAGAAACAUGAGAAGGAAAAGAAAUCAAAACACAAAGGUCGCAAACAUGAUGAUGACUAUAGCGCUGAUGGCUUGGACUUGAAGGCACAGGUUGCACUGUCUAUGAUGCGCGCAGAACUUGCAGAGCAAGCAGCACAUGACCCAGCAGAAAUUGAUUCCAGCCAGGAGCUCUUUGACGACAGCCUUCAACCAGACCAGUGCGUGAAAAGGCUGGUGGAUGACUUUGAGGAAUGCUUCAUCGACCCCACUGAGAGCCAAACCAAGGAAUCGAUGCUGCACGAUCGCUGGGGCAGACCCUUCAUCCCCUUCCCUGAUCUGAGCCUUCACGACAUCUACGCGGACCAUGGCAAUGCUGCUGCUGAGGAACCUCCUGAGGAAACUACUGGCUUAGAGAGUGCGGCCCAACAGGAGGUGGCUGACAGUGCACUCCCUGCACUGGUCGACCUCGAGGCUGGAAGCCUGACCUGA